AUGGACCCCUGGAAGUGCUCCACCCUGGACUCUCUGGUCCUGCUGGGGAGGCUGCUGCUGGAGCAGGACCCGGGGCCUGGCCCCAGGUGGAAGACCCUUCCCGCUGGCCUCCCUGGCUGCCCAGGUGCUCCCCAGGGCCUUCAUCGCACUGGAUCAGCUUGGAGACCCGCUCACUCCUGGCUGCUCAGGCAGAUCCCAGUGCCUGCAGGGGCUGGAGGGGCCCAGGGUCUGCACUGCUCCCCGAUGGCCUGUCUGACAGCUGAGUUUGCUCCCUGCAUCUAUGUGCUGGACCUUGAGGCUCUCUGCCACCUGCCCUGCUGAGUGCCAGGGGUCGGGGACUUUGUGCCAGAGGAUGUGACUGUGACAGCUGUUGGGCUUAUGGAGGUCAGUGACCUUGUCCACAGGGCUACCCAUGCACUCCAGCACACUUCCCAAGUGCCCCAAGGCCACCGGGUGACAAUGGGAAUCUUCCUGGCCCCUUGGGGGCUGGCUGUGGAUGCCCUUGGCUGCUUCCUGGUAACAGACUAUGUGCUUGGGGCUGUACACAGCUUCACAUUGGGCCCCACCUUGGAGCUGCUGAUCCCAGCCUCCAUGCUGGGUCUGGAGGGCCUCUGCUGGGUGGGGCUGGUGUCUGACAGUGGCUUUGUCGUGACUGAAAGUGCCAGCCAGCCCCUGGGCUCCUCGGGGAUGGGGGGCUUUGGCAUUCUGGUGGGUGUGUACACUGAUUCGGAGGGUAAUGUUAUUACGGCAAACAAGCAGCAACACCAGGUUGACCCUCUCUCUCGGGUUGGGGCACCCAUCUGCUUGGUGUUCAAGGGGCUGGGGCAGCCCAUGGGCAUGGCCUGUGUGCCCCAGGGCCAGCUCAUGGUGACAGACUCACGGUGA